GGCUGGGAGGCAGAAAUCUUGGGGAGGGGGAAGAGCAGGGCUCUGUCAGGGCUUCCCAAGAUUUAUCAGGGCAUAAAGGAAAUCUCAACAGCUAAAAGAGCUGCAGAGUAUAGAAAUGAAGAUGGAAGGGAAGGAAAAGCAGCAGCAGGCUGAAGGUGACCUAAAUCCUGUCACACAUUGAAGAAGUGCUUCACCCCAUUUUUGUGGUGCUCAGGGCAGAGAUCCAGAGCUGGAACUUCCUAAAUGAGAUCAACCCCAAAGAUGGAUUGUGCUCAGCUGUGUUUCAUCCCAGGGAACAAUCAGAUUUAAAAGUCCAGCCUGGCCAGCUCUUCAAUGGCUGACUCAUCACUUCUUCAGUCAAUUUCAAGAUGAAGGAUUCGUGGAGAAACUAGAAAUUUGGGUCAUUUUCUGGGGAAGAAGAUGGAAAAAGGAAAUGAGUGAGUGGAGACCACAUCACCCAGGCCAAGGCACAAAAGGAGCUGUAAGUAGGAACAGUUACAAAGUGCCUGAAAGGAAAGAUAGAUUUUGUUACUGAGAGCAGGGGAAGGGAAGGGGGAACUCUCAACGUUGCACCUGAAAAUACAUGAGCUGUGGAGGAAUGGCAGAGGAAAAAAAAGAAUUGAUAUAAAUAGAUAAAAAGAUUGAGCAGCUGCCUCCCUACCAUGUGCUCCCAUUUUCUCCUGCUGCCAGAGAACACGGAUGUUCCUUAUUUAUUUACUCCUAAUUACUGAGAUCCAGACUUCCCCUGAUGAGAUAAAUGCAGCUCAGGACGCUGGUUUUCCCCUUCUCUCCCCUCAGGGUGUCUCCCCAGCAUCUGCAUCCAAACCCUGUGGAAUUCCACCUCUCCAUCCCCAGCCCAGCUCCCAGCCCCCUCUCCAAGGUGCCUCUCUGGCAGGAAUUCAUCCAGCUGCACAGGGCACGGCACAUCCAGCAAAAUCUGGACUGGGUCAGUGGGAAAGAGAUGGAAAAGAAGGGGGCAGAACAGGGGGAGUGUGUGCUCAGAGGGCUGCUGGAGGUUGUUGGCACAGCUGACAAGGGCAGAGCAGUUCCAGCUGGCAUUUAUGAGGCUGCUCUUUCCAUUCAGGGUGAUGAACAAUCCUCUUUUCCUGGCUGCUGCUGCAAUUGCUCACCUUUACCUACCCAAUAAUACAACCCUGCUCUUUUCCCAGUCGUGUUUCUGCACAGCAAAGCCCCUUGUUAUGUGUGCCAAAAGGCUCUGCAAAAUGUGAAUUGUGCAGACUGGACACAUCCAAAGUUCUGCUGUCUCCCAGAAGUAACCUGUGUCACCACAGCUUUGCUCUCUGCUUGGCACAGCCUCUGUGGAGGAAAAACUACCAGGAAAGGAAAGUCAUUCUGGAAUGAGCUUUGCUGCUUGGUUUUUGGCACAAAGGCUUGUCCAGAAUAGCUGAAAACCUGAGCAGAGGAGCCUGGUGGGACCUGAACUCGCUCAGUUCAGAGAGGGGCAGAGCAGGGAGGUUUCUUUCCAUCGUUGCCCUUGUUUAGCAAACACUUCUCCAGAUCCAAGCAAUCCUCUUAUCUGGCAGGAGCACUUCUCUAAGCCCCCUCAAUCAUUCUUGGUGUCCAGAACAAGUUGUCAGCCAAAAUACUCUCUGAGAAUGGUGUUUGUUUUCCAAACACAGCUCUGCUCGGUGGCUGCGGCGUUUCCAGCGCCCGCAGAGAUAAAAGAGACAUGGCUUGGCUCAGGAGCUCAGACCCCAAGGGAGGUGACACCUGGGCCAGCUUUUCCUCUGCCCAGAGGUGCUGCCAGGUGGAGACAGCUCUGUGCCCAGGGGAGCAGCUCCAGGUGCUGAGGAAACCCCCAGUUUGCAGCCAGAGGUAAGAUUUGGUGCUGUGUGCAGGGCAGGGGAAUGGGAUUUCUCCUCAUCCCAGUUCAGUUCCAAACCACAGCCACUCUGGGUCUCCCUUCAGGAGUGUUUUUCUCUCUGUCCGUUGUUCAGUUGUCACAAAAAGGAGUUUUGGUGCAGCUGCAUUUUGACUGAAAAAGUUUGGAGUAGCUCUGAAGGUGUCUCUGUAACUUAACCAGCCUGAAAAAGCAGGGUGGUUUCAUUCUGCAGAUGGGAGCCCCUGUUAGAUGGAAGCCACUAAUGCAAUGUAAAACUAUGUAAUCUGGAAGGAAAAAUUAAUUUGCAAAUUAUCUCCCUUACCCACAUCUUGAUUCCUAAAGUAUCCCUUGGAAUAUCUUAACAUUUCCAAAAGAAGGUUUUGCCUAAGUAGCAGUGUCUUGAUGGCAGAAGGAGUUUUAGUUUGAGUGAAAUUCCACUGAAAUUCAGUGAAGUUCCUGUUUCAAAACAAGAGGGAUGGGGAAGGAGCACGGGGGGCUCUGUAGCUCACAUUUGGGGGUUGUGGUUAAUCAGCUCCAGAAGUGACAACGGACGAAUCAACCUCGGGAAAACGCUUUUGUUGGAUUUGUCUGGGAUAAUUUCUCUUUACUUAUUUAUUUAUUUAUUUAUCUGCCCAUGCCCCGAGCCCUGGGGCUAAGCAAAGCCCCCGUGCUCGUGCCUGCAGCCCCUCACACCUGCCUGCUCUCCCACCUUAGCUCCCCUUUGCCCAUGGAGGACACGUCCAGCCAGGAGCCAGCACCCAGCAAAGCCACCCUGGGCUCCCUCAGGCCGCACGAGGCUCCUGCCACCUUUAUCAGCCUGGAGGAGCAGGACCCCCCAGCCCCCAGCAGCAGGGAGCUGAUCCUGGAGAAGGCCAGGGCUGCCUGCAGGUGCAGCCCCGGGGGCCUGGGCAGGUCCCUGCUCCGGCUGCUGCCGGUGCUGGAGUGGCUGCCCCGGUACAGCCCCCGCACCCAGCUGCUCGGGGACGUGGUCUCGGGGCUCCUGGUGGGCGUGGUGGCCAUCCCUCAGUCCAUCUCCUACUCCCUGCUGGCCAACCAGGACCCCAUCUAUGGCAUCUACACCAACUUCUUCUGCAACAUCAUCUACGCGGCCACGGCCACGUCGCGCCACGCCAGCGUGGGCUCCUUCGGGGUGCUGUGCCUCAUGGUGGGACAGUCGGUGACACGCCACCUGCAGCUGGCAGGCUAUGGGGACAGCAGUGCCACCCUCGGGGGCAACUCCAGCUCCCCCAGGAACGGGACAGAGCUCUGUGACCGGAGCUGCUACGCCAUCACCGUGGCCCUUUCCUUGAGCUUCCUGGUGGGCCUUUACCAGAUCCUGCUGGGGGUUUUACAGAUGGGCUUUGUGGCUGUCUACCUGUCAGAGCCUCUGCUGGGUGGCUUCGUGACAGGCUCCAGCCUCACCAUCAUCACCUCCCAGAUGAAAUACCUGCUGGGCCUGAAGAUCCCCCGGCACGAGGGGGUGGGCUCCUUCAUCCUCACCUGGGUGGACCUUUUCAGGCACAUCCACAACACCAACAUCUGCGACCUGCUGACCAGCCUGGCGGCCUUGGCCAUCAUAGUGCCCGUCAAGGAGCUCAACGAGCGCUACAAGGAGAGGCUGAAGGCCCCGUUCCCCAUCGAGCUGCUGGUGGUCAUCGCAGCCACCCUCAUCUCCCACUACUUCGACUUCGAGCAGCGCUACAAGGCUGCAGUGUGUGGGGACAUCCCCACGGGCUUCAGGAAGCCCACUGUCCCUGACAUCAGCCUGUUUCCCAGCCUGGCACUGGAUGCUCUGCCCAUUGCUGUCAUCGGCUUUGCCAUGACCGUGUCCCUGGCAGAAAUCUUUGGCAAAAAGCACGGCUACGCCGUCAGCGCCAACCAGGAGAUGAUCGCCAUCGGCCUGUGCAACCUCAUCCCCUCCUUCUUCUACUGCUUUGCCAGCUCUGCUGCCCUCACCAAGACUCUGCUGAAGGAGUCCACGGGGAGCCAGACCCAGGUGUCCGGCCUGGUCACCUCCCUGGUGCUGCUGCUGGUGCUGCUGUGGAUCUCCCCGCUCUUCUACUCGCUGCAGACCUCCAUCCUGGGCGUGGUCACCAUCGUCAACCUGCGGGGCGGCCUCAGGAAGUUCCGUGACACCCCUGGCAUGUGGCAGCUCAGCAAGCUGGACACGGUGGUGUGGUGGGCCACCAUGCUGUGCUCCACGCUGGUCACCACGGAGAUCGGGCUCCUGGUGGGCGUUUGCUUCGCCCUGCUCUGCAUCAUCUUCCGCACGCAGCGGCCGCGCGCCACGCUGCUGGGCAAGGUCGGCGACAGGGAGGUCUACGAGGACCAGGCCGCCUACAAACAGCUCAGCAGCAUCGCCCACGUCAAAAUCUUCCGCUUCGAGUGCUCCCUCUACUACGCCAACAAGGAUUACUUCAAGGCUGUGCUCUACCAGAAAACCGGGCUCAACCCCGUGCUGCUGGCUGCCAGCCUGGGGGCCCGGGCACGGCCAGAGCCAGGCAGGGGCUGCUGGAGGCCCGGGUGUGGCUGCCUGAAGCAGGGCAGGAGCAGGACAGAGAGCCCUCCAGGAGAUGCCUGUCCCCCCUCCACAGACAUGCACACCCUGAUCCUGGACUGCGGGGCCAUGCAGUUCAUAGACACCGUGGGGCUCUCUGCGCUCAAGGAGACGCACCACGACUACAAGGAGGUCGGGGUCCAGGUGCUCCUGGCCAACUGCAACCCCUCCAUCCGCCAGCGGCUGCGGGAGGGAGGCUGGGCCGGCCAGGCAGGCGGCGCUGGGGGCCAGCUGGCCUUCCACAGCAUCCACGAUGCCGUGCAGUUCGCUGAGCGCUGGCACCGGGGGGACAGCAAGGACAAGCAGGCUGCUCUCCCGGAGCCCGAGGAACAGAACUUCCAGGUGUCUCUGUAGCCCUGGGGGCGAGGAGAGGUUUCUUAAAGGGAGCAGGUUCGGUGUUUGUGCUGUCAGAGCGAGCAGGAGGGGCUGGGAUGCUCUG